AUGGCGAGCUAUCUGAGCAACAAGGAUGCAAUAGUAACAAUGAUAUUGUCAAUGAUGGGCACUGGAGUGACAUUUAUGCCUUAUGCAUUUAUGUCUGCGGGAUAUCUAAAUGCGAUUUCUUUAAUGCUAUUCUUUGGAUUGGGGACAGUUGGAUCGUGCUAUUGUAUAUCUUAUGUAGUGAAGCAUUCAAAGGAAAAUUCACCAACAUAUUCAAGCCUGGCACACGAUAUUUCGAAGUAUCUGGGAUAUUUGGUCAAUGUGUCAAUAUUUUUCAAUGGAUAUCUUGCGGCAGUCAACUUCUACAGAUAUCUGUCGGACAUGAUCGUCAACAACUCAAGCUUUAUAAGAGAACUGACUGAUAAUGUGGAAAACUCCAGAAAGAUUGUUGUUCUUGCGAUGGCCAUUCCAUUUAUAUAUCUGUCAAUGAAGAAGACAUUAUCUGGACUUGCAUUUACAUCGUACAUGAGCGUGAUUUCAGUUUCAUAUCUUGCAUUUCUGAUGAUUUACUUAUUUUUUUCAGUAGGGACGGAGUGUGCAACAGGAGGAGUCAAGGCAACAAAUCAAUCGCUAAGAUCUGCAGUGCCUGUGUUUAUUUCGUCUAUGGUUUGUCAGGGAAAUAUGGUCAAGAUAUACCUGGAGAUGAAGAACAAGAGCAGCACAAAUGUGCUGAUUGUAUCAUCUGGUGCAGUUAUUGGAGCAAUCCUAAUCAAUGGGCUAACAGGACUGUUUGGAUAUUUUGUGUUUGGAGAGUCUAUUGAUGGAGAGAUCAUGUCUGAGCUUUCAAAGAUGGACAGUCCUGUGAACAAGCUGAUCAGGAAAGGAUGGGACAAAAACAACAUUAUGCCAAAAAUGGCGACAUUUGGAAUGACGCUGACGCUUUUUGGAGGAUAUCCUGUGCAACUUGUUCCUGUUAUUGAGAUGCUUUUCAAGGCAUUUCCUGAGAGUAAGCGAACCGAGAUGAACAGAAAGGCAAUUGUGAUUUUGCUAUUUAUUGUCUGCAUACUGCUUAACCUUUUGAAGGAACUGAAAACAAAAAUCAUCAAAAGAUUCCUCGGUGCAACCUUUUCAAACUCAGUUGCAUUUGUGUAUCCUUUUAUUUACUAUAUGUGCAUAAGUAAGAAACGGUCCAUGUCUGCAACCAUAAUGUGUAUUUCCAUGAUAGUCAUCAGUGUAUCUGUGAGCGUAUACACAAUUGCCAACUUCUUGAGGAAUGGAUUGGAGAAGUAA